CAUUUUUUUUCUGUGGACAGCAAGGGGUAAGAGGCACAAGGCUCCUCCCUGAAAGUUUGUAAAAACAUUCCAGCAAAGAGAAAGCAGUCAAAGAACUGGAAACUCUCAGACCCACCUCUUACUCUCUGUCCUCCUCACCUCCUUGCAAAUAGAGUUACACUAUAUAAAGGUGUUUAUAGGUUGUCUGAAGCUCCAAAGACUAUUCUGCAGAGGAAUGCAUCAGUGAGUAAACUCUGAAGAAUCUUCUACAAGCUGGACAGACAAAGACACUCAUCUGUCCAGUUGAUCGGCUCACAAUGAAACCGGUGUUAGUCCUCCUGGUUUCCAUGACUUGGACUCUCACUGCAGCCCAGUAUUACUACCAGGGGCUGAUGGAUUAUCUGGAGAACAGAUUGUUGGCUAUAGAGGAUCACAUGCAGCUUUGGCAUGAGCAGUCCCAUCGCUACCACACAGAGCUGCAGGAUUUCAAAAAGCUAACGGUUGAGGCCAUGGACAGUCUGAAGAAUGAGCACAGCAUGCUGAUCAAGGACCUUGCGGAAGCUGCAGUCCGAGUGGAGCGAGUGGAGCAAGAAAUGGACUAUGUGGAGACCCAGACUUCGCCUCGGGCCUGUGCAAAUAAGGCUGACAAGGUGGUGGAGCAGGGUGCCUGGGGGCUGGAGGAGCACAGAGAAGACGAAGGGGAGGAAGAAGCCUGGGAGGAGCUGCACUCCAGUGUCUCUGACUGUGUGGAAAUCAUCUCCGGCAUCAGAUCAGUGAAGAUCCUGAAGAGAGUGGGCAGUCACAGGGGCAUGUGGACCAGAGACCCAAGAUCCUCUAAGGUUUACAUCUUUAACGGGACAACAGGAGACAGAAUCUACCAGUUCAAGUCUGUACGUGACUUUGCCCGCUCUCCUGGAGUCACCAACAGCAGACAGAUCAGACUGCCCUCUGAGUGGAGUGGGCCUGGCAGUGCUGUUUAUAAUGGCUAUUUGUACUACAUAAAACAGGAGGCUGAUACAGACGUGUGGGUGGUCAAAUAUGACCUCCUGAGUGGCUUGGUGACAGACACUGCCAUGUUCCCUGUGGCUAACCACGCUACUGUCUACAGCCUAAACCCAGAGACUGUUGCGGACCUUGCAGCUGAUGAUGAGGGCCUCUGGCUGCUGUAUGCCACUGGUGACAGUGAACCAAACAUCAGCGUCGCCAAGAUGGACCCCGCCACACUCGAUAUAGAACAAAUCUGGGACACCCACUGCCCAAGGGAAAAUGCAGAGGCAGCAUUUGUGGUCUGUGGAACUGUCUAUGUCGUUUAUAACACCCGGCUGGCCAGCCGCUCUCGGGUUCAGUGUGUGUUUGACGUCAACGACAUGGUGAUCAGCGAGGAAGCUCCUCUGCUCUACUUCCCUAGAAGGUACGGAGCCCACUCCAGUCUGAAAUACAACCCAGAGGAGAAACAGCUGUAUGGCUGGGACGAUGGCUACCAAAUUAUUUACAGACUGACCAUGAAAAGGAAAAUCCUGGUCUGAUGACUGGGAAGUGGUGUCAUGUAUUCAAAGGCAAGGAUAAUAAAAAGAAAUAUAUUUUUACAUGAUAACUACCUAAUACUUGAGCCUAUCAGGUGCAACUUCCAGUUAUUCCUUUCACUGAACAGGCGACGAGAUAAUCAUGUGCAACAUGUGCUCAAUGUUUUUUUUUUUUAGAUUUCUGGGAAAUAAAUGAUCUUAGGAAACAUUCACAUUUAUUUCUGGUUUUGAGAUAAAACCAAGGCUCUGUUCCACCUCCUUCAAUAAUAGAUGUUUGACUUUAUUACUGGGCAAGAAAUAUGUCUCACAGCAAGGAGCCAGUAAAGUAUUAUAAUAGUACCAUAUGUUAUCUGAGUGUUCCUAUCACUUGUUAGUAGAGCUAUCAUCCCAUUAUGCCUGUUUAGGUGACAGGCUGGUUCCCACAUUAUAUUUCUCUUUAAUCACUAAGAACAUAAACAGUCCACAGUAACACUCAGUAAAAGGAAC